AUGGAGUGUCAUCCGGAGACUCUACAGAAACUGUCGCAAUGUUUUCUCCACACGCUCUCUCCGGUGCCGGAGCCUCGUCGUGCUGCUGAGAGAUCGUUAUCGGAGGCGGCCGAUCUGCCUAACUACGGCUUAGCCGUCCUAAAUCUGGUGGCCGAACGCUCUGUCAACGAGCAGACCCGCCACGCUGCAGCUGUCAACUUUAAGAACCACCUCCGUUCGCGAUGGCUCCCUGCUGGCGACUCUGGUAUCUCACCGAUGGUUAACUCGGAGAAGGAGCAGAUCAAGACACGCAUCGUUUCCCUUAUGCUUUCUUCCCCACCACGCAUCCAGAGCCAGUUGAGUGAAGCCCUAGCCGUCAUCGGUAAGCGCGAUUUCCAUAGAUCUUGGCCUGGUUUGCUUCCCGAGCUUGUCUCCAGCCUUCAAAAAGCUGCUCUCAGAGGCGACUAUGCGUCCGUCAAUGCUGUUCUUGGGGCUGCUAACUCGAUUUUCAAAAAGUUUAGGCAUCAGUAUAGAACCAAUGAUCUGUUAUCGGAUAUUAAGUACUGCCUGGAGACUUUUGCUCCUUCGUUGCAAGAAGUGUUCCUGAAAACGUAUGAUUCUGCUGCUUCGGGCUCUGGUGCAGCCGACCUCAAGCCCUUGUUUGAGUCCCAAAGGCUGUGCUGCAGGAUAUUCUUCUCGUUGAGCUUUCAGGACUUGCCCGAGUUUUUCGAGGAUCACAUGAACGAGUGGAUGGGAGUGUUUGAGAAGUGUUUAUCCUCCAACUUUCCUGCCUUGGAAAGCACGGCAGAGGGGCUUACAGUUGUUGAUGAUGUUCGCGCUGCCGUUUGUGAGAAUAUCAACCUGUAUAUGGAGAAGUACGGAGAAGAGUUCCAACCAUUUUUGGAGGGUUUUGCAUUAGCUGUCUGGACAUUACUCCGGGACGUGUCCAAGUCUCCGAGCAGGGAUCGACUAGCUACCACAGCGAUCAAGUUUCUGACCACCGUGAGCACGAGUGCGCACCAUGCUUUGUUUGCAGGCGACAAUGUAAUCAAGGAGAUUUGCCAAGGCGUAGUGAUUCCUAAUGUUUCUUUGAGGGAUGAAGAUGAAGAGAUUUUCGAGACGAACUACACAGAGUUCGUCCGUAGAGACAUGGAGGGAAGCGACGUGGACACUAGAAGGAGAAUAGCUUGUGAGCUACUCAAGGGACUUGCCACAAACUACAAAAGACAAGUGACGGAAGUAGUUUCCCUUGAGAUACAGAAGCUCUUGAGUUCGUUUGCAACACAGUGGAAAGAUAAGGACUGUGCUAUUUACUUGGUCGUCUCUCUGGCUACUAACAAGGCACGAGGUGCGUCUGUGUCUACAGAUCUCAUUGAUGUUCAAAGCUUCUUUGCGAACGUGAUUCUCCCAGAGCUGCAAAGCCACGACGUCAACAGUUUCCCGAUGCUAAAGGCAGGGUCCUUGAAGUUCUUGACAGUGUUUCGUACUCACCUACCAAAGCCCUUUGCGAUUCAGUUGUUCCCGGAGCUGGUCCGGUUCCUUAGAGCAGAUUCGAACGUAGUCCACUCAUACGCUGCUAGCUGCAUAGAGAAACUCUUGCUAGUGAAGGACGAAGGUGGAAAGAGCAGGUACGUCGCUAGUGAUAUAAGUCCGUUUUUGCGGCAGCUGAUGACGAACCUGUUUGAGGCACUGACGUUUCCAGAAUCUGAGGAGAACCAAUACCUUAUGAAGUGUAUCAUGCGGGUCCUUGGCGUUGCUGAAAUCACUGGUGAGGUUGCUGGACCUUGCAUCGUGGGCUUGACCUCUGUUCUCAGUGAAGUCUGCAAAAACCCUAAAAACCCUACGUUUAAUCACUAUAUCUUUGAGUCUGUGGCUGUACUUGUUCGCCGGGCAUGUGAGCGUGAUCUUUCUCUUAUAUCUGCAUUUGAAACGAGUCUCUUCCAAAGCCUCGAGCUGAUUUUGGACAAUGAUAUCGCAGAGUUCUUGCCUUACGCGUUUCAGCUGCUGGCUCAGCUUGUUGAGCUGAACAGACCACCUCUCUCACCGAACUACAUGCAGCUCUUCUCGCUGCUCCUCUCGGGUGAGUACUGGGAGAGAAACGCCAAUGUUCCAGCUCUUGUGCGUUUGCUUCAGGCCUUCCUGGAGAAGGCACCUCACGAGGUCACUCAGGAGGAUCGGUUGAGUCAAGUGCUGAGGAUAUUCCACAAGCUUGUUUCAGGUCAUAGCACAGAGGAACAAGGCUUUUAUAUCCUUAACACGAUUAUUGAGUAUCUUGACUACAGUGUGAUUGCACCGUACAUGAAGGGUAUAUGGAAUGUUCUGUUCGAACGACUUCAAAGCAAAAAGACGGUCAAGUUCCAGAAAUUCCUAGUAGUAUCCAUGUCCCUCUUCUUGGUGAAGCACGGACCGGUUUAUCUUGUCGACACCAUGAACACUGUUCAGCCGAACAUCUUCGCUAGUAUCUUGGAGCAUAUCUGGAUUCCGAACCUGAAACUGAUCAUGGGAACCGUCGAGGUCAAGUUAACCGCAGUAGCUGCAACGAGACUCAUAUGUGAGACGCCAGCUCCAGCAGUAUCUAAACUCUGGGGCAAGGCGCUUGACAGUAUCGUGACGCUUGUUUCAAGGCCUGAGCAGGAAAGAGAUGUUGAUGAACCUAAUGAGAUGCCAGAGAAUGUUGGAUACACUGCUGCGUUUGUGAAUCUUUACAGUGCUGGGAGAAGAGAGGAGGACCCUCUCAAAGACAUUAGAGACCCAAAGCAGUUUCUGGUUGCUUCUUUGGGCAGGCUUUCUUCUGCUUCUCCUGGUAGAUACCCUCAGAUCAUUGGGGAGAAUCUCGAAGAAACUAACAAAGCAGCUUUGCUCCAGCUCUGCAAGGCUUACAACUGUGGAAUUGCUUGA